UCUGCCUAUGUGACUGGUAAUGAACUAAUCAUUGAUGGAGGAUGGAGCUUGUGACUGACCCUACCUGCAAAAGGAAAUUCCUACCAUGAAAGGCAAAAAGUUUACAACAAUGGUAAAGGAGGUUAAUGUAAAUGAUAAUGAAGAUACUGAGCCAUCAGUAUGUGAGACAAAUGGCAUGAUUCCCAUGCACGAGCAAAGUGAGGAGGGACCAACAGCAGAUGCCAAAGGUACUGAUGGGAAUGUACAAACAGAAGAAACUGCUCUUCUGAAUCGUUGUGCUCAGCAACCUCCGGAACCGAUAGCAGGGUCUUCAGUACCUGCAAGAACAUGGAGGCAAAUAUUUAUUUGUCCUCCUCAGGGUUUACUGGCCCGAACAGUGACAAAUGUUGCAAUUGUGGUCCUGGUUUGGUCCGUGGUUUGGUCCAUCACUGGGACUGAGUGUCUCCCAGGUGGAAAUCUGUUUGGAAUUCUGUUUCUUUAUUUUUUUGCUGUCAUUGGAGGUAAAAUUUUUGGAUUCAUUAAAAUACGAACACUACCCCCUCUCCCUGCUCUUCUAGGGAUGCUACUUGCUGGUUUCCUAAUCCGAAAUACCCCGUUCAUUAGUGACAUCGUCCAGAUAAACCUGCGCUGGUCUGCAGCACUGAGGAAUAUUGCUCUUUCAAUUAUCUUGACCCGAGCAGGACUCGGCCUGGAUCCAAAGGCUCUUAAGAAGCUCAAAGCAGUCUGUUUACGGCUUUCUUUUGGACCAUGCAUCUCAGAAACAUGCACAGCCGCUGUUCUUGCCUACUUGUUCAUGCAUUUGCCAUGGCAAUGGGGAUUUAUAUUAGGUUUUGUUCUAGGUGCAGUCUCCCCUGCUGUGGUGGUUCCCUCAAUGCUGAUUUUACAAGCUGGGGGAUAUGGUGUGGAGAAAGGUGUCCCAACUUUGCUAAUGGCAGCCGGCAGCAUUGAUGACAUUCUGGCUAUCACAGGCUUCAACACUUGCCUUGGGAUGGCUUUCUCUUCUGGUUCUACUCUGUACAAUGUUCUUCGUGGAGUGCUGGAGGUUGCUGUUGGCAUAGCAGCUGGGGGGAUCCUGGGAAUGUUCAUUCGAUAUUUCCCAAGCCAUGAUCAGGCAUCUCUGGCAUGGAAGAGAUCGUAUUUUGUACUUGGGCUGUCCAUGUUUGCUGUUUUUGGCAGCAUCUACUUUGGCUUCCCUGGAUCAGGAGGGCUCUGCACGUUAGUCUUAGCUUUUGUUGCAGGUGUGGGAUGGUCUGAUGAAAAGAGGGAAGUAGAAAAAAUUGUCGCAGUUGCGUGGAAUAUCUUUCAACCUUUUCUUUUUGGUUUAAUUGGAGCAGAAGUAUCUGUUAUGUCUCUGAGGCCUGAAACUGUUGGGCUCUGUGUGGCUACACUAGGCAUUGCCCUAGUUGUGCGAAUUAUAGCAACAUUCCUGAUGGUGUGUUUUGCUGGGUUUAAUUUCAAGGAGAAAGUAUUUGUCUCAUUGGCAUGGAUUCCCAAAGCCACUGUCCAGGCUGCAAUAGGUUCCCUUGCCCUGGAUACAGCGAGAAGUCAUCAGGAUGAGCAACUUGAAAAGUAUGGAAUGGAUGUACUGACAGUAGCUUUCUUGGCUAUCUUGAUCACUGCUCCAAUUGGAGCCCUGGUUAUUGGCUUGGCAGGGCCCAGACUUUUGCAGAAGGCUCAGACAACUAGCAAGGAGGAUGAGGAAGGUGCUGAGGUUGGAGAAGAGGCAGAGGCCUGUGAACCUUCGUAGGACAGCCAUCUACAGCAAUAUGGUCCUUCAGCCCUUACACUCCUGCUGAGUAAACACAGCAUGUCUGUAAUCUUUAUGGAGGAAACCAAAACAAGUAUUAGUUUUGUCUGCUAUUUUAAAAGCAGCCCUGGUGGAGUUUUGUAAAAUAUUUUUAUGUGUUGAUGGUGCCUUAAGAGAUGAAAUAGCUGAACAUACAGCGAACAGGCUGGCCAGGCAGUGAGUCACUGAGAAGUCAGCAGUGAACAGUUACUUGAAAUGUGUGGGUGUGAGGCCAGGGAGAGGCUCAGAACUGUUCAGGCAUGGAGUGGAGUCAUGAGGUGGAAUAUAAACAGAAGAAAAUUGAGACUGAUGUGAAUAACUUCUUGACAGCUGAAACUGGGCUGUGAGAUGACGAGUUCAACAGCUCAAAGAAUGCAACUUCUGAAUAAGAGACUGCUGACACAUGGUGAAUGAGUCCUGCCACGGGUCGGUGAUUCCAUCUCCUUCCUCAUUUGGGCUCCAAAACUUUCCUUUUCCUAUCACUGUUCUUCCUCACAGCUCAUGCACUCCUUUGUGCCUUCAAGGCACUGUCAGCUCUGGUCGUAGCAAGAAACAGCAAGUGGUACUUAUGUGCUGAAAGAGACAGUUGGGUCCAUCACAGACUCUGAGCUCUGUUUGCUCAGUGAUCUGCAACCAGUAUCUACAAUACACAGAGAAAGAAAGAGUCCUGAGAUCAGAUAAGUCAAGCCACAGAAAACUGUUUUUAUACCAAGAUGAGGAACGUCUUUUAAGUACAGGUAAGAGAUUCAAGUAUCCUCUGCAGACUUAGCUGCCUUGCUACAUCAUUGUAAAUCUUCUAGACACACUGGUGAGAGAAAGACUUACUGGACUUUUUAAGAAAUUCAUCAGCACCUGGCAUAAAAUCUAUAUAUAUUGAAGGUGGAUCCACUUUUCCAGCAAAACAUGCUGUAACAAUACUCCAGUGUAAUUUAAGUACCAUGGUGAAAUAAAGGAGAGAGCAUUUUUCUAAAUUUCUGGAGAAUACAUUAAAUCUAAACACUUAUACAGAAAUGGAAAAGAGUUUAAAAAUGUUUUCAAAUGAGAAACAAAGUGUAAUGAGCUGGAGCACAAAUAGCUGCACAAGCACUUUGUAAGACAAGGCACUGUAAUCAAGUUCCUCUUUUAAAUUAUUUAGGAUCAGAACAUAGCAAAAUUUUGUUCUACAGUUUGUUUUUUGAGAUUAAGAUGUACAAGAAAGGAAAUACAAUAGAGCAGGCUAAGGAUGCUAAGUAGGUUGUAGUUCUCAGAAGUUACGUUAUUCUGUAUAGCUUGAUUUUAUUUGUAACAAUAAAGCACACACUCAUGCUAAUACUUUACCAGUUAGAACACAGUGGCAUUUUCGUAAAAAUUUCAAUUUUCUGGAAGUACACCAUGUAAUGAAAAUACUUUGUGGGACUAGUUUUAUGUUGUUUGAGCUUUCUACAGCCUUUGAUGUGAAAGCCACACUUACUGCAUUUUAUCUGGGAAUGCACCACAACUGUAUACAUGCUGAAGGCACUGCAAGAACUUUCAGUAGUCUUUCCACACCUGCGCUUGCAGCAGUCCCUGUGCACAAUAAUUGACAAAAUUUGCUAAGAGUCACUGCAAUAGACUAAUCUCUGUUGCUCUUUUCUCAGUUCCUCCAAAAUGCUGUAAGCCCUAAAUAAUAACAAUUAAUACUGAAAUACUUAAACAUGUUCAGUUACACAAAAUACUGAGUGACAGCAGUGCCUGUUGGUCUCUUCUAUCAUUACUGUUCCAGAACACUCCGUCAAUAGGAAUCCAAGUGCACUUUCUGACCUGAUGUGAAAGACUGACUUGGAACGUACUUUAGAAGAGAGGAAAAAUAUUUGGUCACUGAAAAAAAUUUCCAAAUUGAGUAUUUAACCUGGCUGUUGGCAAAGAGGUGGAUCUCUACAAAGCUACUCUGAAUUCCAAGACAGAACAGAUGUUCCAACAGGUGCACCAUAACCAGAAGCAGGGCACCUAUCAAGUGUGUGAUGAAUACAACUGGGCUAAGAUUGACACACAAUAAGGAAAUGUCUCACAUCAGAAUUAAACAUUGUUAAAGGAGACCAGCAAGUAAACAGCAAGUGGCAUCUAAAUACAGCUUGAAACUCCCUGAUACGCCAUCAAAAUUGGAACAGUAGUCAUGACUAUGGGAGACUCAUAUCCAGUUGGGUUCAUCCAAACGAAACAGGAACAUGACAGCUGUACUCUCUGAGAAAGGAAAUUAGAAACAAACAGGAAUAGGAAGUACAAGGGUAUUAUGUAUCAUGGUUAUUAGCUAAUAUUUAUAUCAUGCUAACUGCUGAUAAAGAGUUUUGUCCUCACUAGCCAAUGAUUUCUUUACAUAUUUCUAAUCUGGGAGUCUUUGGAAAGCCCCCAAUUACACCAAUGUGAACACUAAUGAUAAACUGACUUGUUAUUGCCAAAAGACUGCCAGAAGCUCAUACUUUUAGAUCACAAAGUCAACAUGACCAUGCUUAUAGGGCAUGAGAGACAAGAUACUGUCACAAAGUAAAAAAGUCACAGAUCUUUGGAUUGGGUGGGCAGGGAUGGGAGAAAAGCUUCACUCAAACUAAUGCAGCGGCAUCAUCCUACAACUGUAAGCUGCUCUGUGUUUUUGAAGCCAUUCAUACCUUUCUGAAGCAGAUGUAAGGCAAGUCACAAGACUGUUUAUUUUCACAGCUGAUAACUCAGAAUUCAGCAGUUACAUUGAUUCUGGAGAUUCUUUAUCAGUUCUGCUGCAUGGGAAGAGGCAGUCUUUGGAGCCAAAAAUGGAGAGUAGAGUAUCGAAGAGGUUAGUCUUCAAACUUGACUUGUGUUAGACACAGAUCAAUCCCAAAGAUAAGUCCUGGAAAGUAUCAGGAACAUCACUGAAACAGGAAUGCCCAGAGAAUUCCAAGAAGCUGAGGCCACAGACCAUAGGCCACAGUUACAUUUUCAAGGAGAGGUUGUCUUAACAUUUAGUCCAACAGUAACAAGCCCCCAAAAAAUAAUAAACACAUGCACUGGGAACAGAAAGGGACUGGCCAGUCACUGAGAGUCAAAUCAAAGCAAGUGGUCCCUGCUUGUCUUUCACCGACUACUCCUUUGAUAUCUUUUACUUUGAUUUAUGUUUUAGCUAAUUUCUGUGGAAAUGACCCUAUGCAGACCCAAAAGCAACUUCUUACAGUAACAGCUCAACUGUAAGCCAAAAUUUUAACAAGCAUUAGCUACCAGUCAAAAUGGAGAUUGGAACUGUGAUUGUAUAUUCUCUAAACUGAUGAAAUUCUUCAUGCAGAUUCAAAUUACUUACUCAAUUACAUGCUCUUCAGAACUAAUAAGCAGUUCUAUCCUAACUGUUUUCUGUUGUUUGCUUGGGUGUCGUAAAGGUGUUCACAUUGCUACACAAACUAAACACAGAGGACUCCACACACCACUUUAAUAUGUCUGUUAGCUUAUGAAGGUAGAGAGGUGACAGUCCUUUUAGCGACACAGCACACUUUAAAUAAAUUAAAAGCCAAAGCUAUGGGUAGGUUAGCAAGCCACUUUGCAAAUGACACAUUCAUGGUUCAAAUGGGUUCUGAAGACUGUUAUCAUGGUAUCACCCUUCUUUCCCUCAGUACUGUAAAAGACUAUCCACAAAACUGUCGUCUUCCUGCCUGGCAGCUUGUUACAUUAAAGUCCCUCUUAACAUGUAGGCCAAGUGUAAGACAGCCCACACAGGACUGUAUCAUGUCUCUGGAAAGAAGUCUAACACCUAGAUUGUUACAGAAACCUUGAAAAUCUGACCACAUGCUAUUUUGAGGUGAAUAUCUAUGCCGUUUUAAUGACAUGUACCAGGAUAAAAAGCAAUGGCAGCACGAGACAACACUGUUCAUUUCAGCAAACUUGAGAAGGGAAGGGUAAAGCAGCUAUGACAAGAAACUGAAAGAGGCAUCUGAGCAGCAGCAGCGUGACGAUUUAGAUAUCCACUUUCGAACCCAAGGUCAAACAUUCUUUCCUUCCUUCCUCAUUGCUUUUACCUUCAGGAGAUUCGCACUGGAUGUUAACAGUCUCCCUCUCUCUAAGCAAGCAGUUUUCCACUGUGAUUUGGUGAGGUCACGACAGACAACAGCUGUCUCAAGAUUUUUAAUCAGCACACUAUACAAUAUCCUACACAAAAGGAUCCUCCCUAUACUUUUGGUCUGUUGUUUCUACAGUUGAUGCACUACAGGAACUGAAGUUGCACCUGCCUGGAAGCUAAUGCAGGUUUACAGAAGCAAUAAAAGAGCCAACGAGCAAAGGACUGCACUGUUCCAGAUUUGGGUUCUGGCCUGCCUUUGUGAACAAGGUCUAUGCUAGCAAGUGUUUUAUAGUGCUGGUCCCUGACUAAGUUCAGUAGAUGCCACCAAAGGACAAAUACUAAUGCACUUCAAAUGUUUUAAGAUCGGUAUUUUUUCCCACUUUCCAAAAAGAAGCAAAGAAAAAUGCUUGACAUGU